CCAACUUAUCAAUUGUUAUUUACCAAUUUCAGAAAAAUCUUAUCGGAAUGUGUGCGCGGACGUGCGUCUUCAGCACACAAUUGAAGAUUUCGAACAAGGUACACUGGAUUGGGUUGGAAAAUAUAUAUUUUUCGUCUGCUUUUGGGAUGGCUCUGAGCAUCUCUUGCUCUGCUUCAGUGAACCCACAACAAGCUAAUCUCAGUCUCAGCAACAAUAACACCAACAAAUACCUUCAAAAAGUGAAAUACCUCAUUAAAACAACUGGAAUUCCUUCAAUCACCACCACUCCCCAACAAUCCCUGCAAAGAGGCAACUGGGUGAAGCUCAUUUGUGGUGCCAGCUUCGAGGAUGUUAUUGAUAUCAGGAACCUCUCUUUGGUUUACACUCUAGCUGGAGUUGAUUGCAUUGAUUGUGCGGCUGAUGCAUCGGUGGUGAGUGCGGUUAAUGAAGGGAUUGAUGCAGCGACGGAGAUUUUACCCCUUCGAAGGCCUUGGGUAAUGAUCAGUGUUAAUGAUGAUGAAGAUCUUCACUUUCGCAAAGCUGAAUUUGAUCCAGAUAAUUGUCCGCCAGACUGUUCAAGACCGUGUGAAACUGUUUGUCCUGCUAAUGCAAUAUCAGUAGAGGGCACAUCAGGUGUAUUCAAGGGUGGAGUAAAAACCGAACGCUGCUAUGGCUGUGGCCGCUGCUUUCCAGUUUGUCCAUACGAUAAAAUAAGAGAAACUACUUAUGUAAGAGAUGCUACUGCUACAGCUGAACUUCUUAAAAGGGAUGAUGUUGACGCGGUGGAGAUACAUACAAAUGGAAGGCAGACUGCAUUGUUCGAAAAACUAUGGAAUUCUUUGGGAGAUUCAGUUGGAUAUCUGAGACUUGUAGCAGUUAGUUUCCCUGAUGUUGGGGAUUCAACCAUAUCAUACAUGAACAGGGUGUACUCUAUUAUGGAACCCAAUCUACACUGCUUCAAUUUAUGGCAGUUGGAUGGUCGCCCCAUGAGUGGAGACAUUGGACGAGGUGCCACAAGGGAAGCAAUUGCAUUCGCUGUUCGUUUGGCUGCUGCUAAAGCCAGACCUCAAGGUUUUCUUCAAUUGGCGGGUGGUACCAAUGCUCACACGAUAAACGGGUUGAAGAAAGAGGGACUUUUCCAGACCACAUCCAUAGCUAUAGAAGGUGAAAUAUUGCCUGUGAAUUCAAUUAGUCCAAAGGAUGCUUUAAUCGGUGGGGUUGCUUAUGGUGGCUAUGCACGGAAGAUUGUUGGAAGGGUUUUAAAUUCCAUGGAAUCCCGGCAUGGACUUGCUUGCAUUGAGGAAUAUCCCGAGCAUCUUUUUACUGCACUAAGAGAAGCCCUUGCUUUGGUUGGUACUGUCAAGUGCUACAGUAAGGAUUCUAUGGACUGCCUCUUUUAGCUGGAUAUGUUCAAUGAUAUACAAAAUGAGUUGGGCAGAGCGUUGACUAAAUCUCAAGAAGAAGAAAGAGUGGCUCAGUAAGGAAAAAAAAAAAAAAAAAACCCUUUAAAUAACAGUACAAAAAGAGUGAUAAAUUAGUUGGUUUUUGGUGAUUUUGAGAGAUUCAUACACUUUCGUGGAUUUGCAUUCAAAUUAUGAAGCUUUGUUGGUGAA